GAAAACUACCCCAAUCAUCCUCACCUUUUCCUCAACCCCCUCAACUUCCCAACCUUAUACAUUAUAUAGUACACCUACACAGACACAAAGGGGGACAUAGAAAAACACAAAGAUAAGGGGAACAAAUAGGGAGGAUUAGGGAAGCAAAAAGGACAAAAACAGGAAGAAAGAGAGAGGAACCUUGAAAAAAAACACGGAUUGUGAGAGAAAAACAAGAAAAGAGAAGAGUUAAGAAGAAAAGGGAGUAAAAUUUGACAGAAACAAAAAGCAAAUAACAUAAACGGGUAGACAACAAGUUGGAGUUUGAGGUUUGGUUCGUGGUUUCGAGUUCGCAGCUUCUUCUUUCUUUUGUUGGCAACUAUUUUUCCCAAAGGUUUUGGCCGACCAAAGAGAAGAGAAGGAUGAACGAUAUACAUCAGGAAGUACGUUCACGCGUAUUGAGUAUUAUCAACAAAAGAAUGAAUGACAUUGAAGCAAAUGGGGAAGCAUCUAAUAGUUGUGAUGACUUAUUGGGCAUAUUAUUGGAAUCCAACUUGAAUGAAAUCCAAGAACAUGGAAAUAAGAAAAUUGGAAUGAGUAUUGAUGAAGUUAUUGAAGAGUGUAAGUUGUUCUAUAUUGCUGGACAAGAGACUACUUCAUCUUUGCAUGUAUGGUCAAUGAUUUUAUUGAGCAAACACUCCGAUUGGAAAGCUCGUGCUCGAGAAAAGGUUUUGCAAGUCUUUGGCAACAAUAUUCCUGAUUAUGACAAAUUGAAUCAACUCAAAGUUGUAACCAUGAUUAUCCAAGAAGUCUUGAGAUUGUAUCCACCAAGUUUUUUGCUGGGUAGGGAGGUAAACAAAGAGACCAAAUUAGGGAACUUGUCAAUACCAAGUGGAGUUCAACUCCUAUUGCCUACAAUAUUGUUGCAUCAUGACCAAGAAAUAUGGGGUGAAGAUGCUAAAGAAUUCAAUCCAGAGAGGUUUAGUGAGGAGUCAACAAAGCAACAAAAGGGAAAUUUGCAUAUUUUCCAUUUAGCUGGGGACCUGGAAAUUGCAUUGCACAAAACUUUGCUAUGUUAGAGGCUAAAAUGGCACUUGCUAUGAUCCUACAACACUAUGAUUUUGAGGUUUCACCAUCAUAUGCUCAUGUUCCUUCUUUAGUGUUCACUCUUGUACCACAAUAUGGUGCACAACUAAUUCUACACAAGCUAUAGAAUAGGAGUAGAAUCUAUGUACAUCCUACUCUCAUGGCCCAGAUCCACUUGUGGGAUUAGACUGGGUAUGCUGUUGUUUUUGGAGUUUCUUAUAGGCAUAUUAUUAGUUUAUUAUUGUUAAUAUGAACCACUAGUAUUUUUUUACAUGGCAUUGGGUUGUUAUAUUUUAUUUAGUUGUAAAAAGGAUCAUGAUUCCUGCUCUUAUUCAUGAUGAAGGUAUUUAUAGAUUGUUUAUUGAAGUAAUUAUACCUAUUAACUGUAUUUCUUCAUUUCUUCUUAGUGAAAACAUUGGUGGGGAUUGAUGGCUGAAGCUUCAAACGCAACAAAGUUGGCCCAUUAAAAUAUGACUCAACUUAUUCCCACUCAUUUGUUAACUCAAUUCAUUUUGAUUUACCAAUUCAGUCCUUUUGAUAUUUGAGUGAUAUGUAAUUUAUAUUGACCUAAUGAGAGAAAUCAUGUCAAAGUGUUUAAAACACUUUUUUGUUUGGUAUGUGUCAUACAAUCAUAAAUAAAGAAAAGGAAAAUUUAUUAAGCAUUUAAAUAAAUUAUAGGAAAACAAAGAAAGUGUCAAAACUAGCAGGUUCAUCUAGUCGAAGCUCCAUUGUGUGAUUGAUCAAG